AUGCGCCUCAAGGAAUACUUCCUUGGAAAGCAGAGUGAGCUAAACGAAGAUACCAAACCAUGGUUUAAAAAGAAGAGUAACUUCACACCUGUCCCUGUGAGGGAUAAAAACCUUGAUAUAUAUAUCGAGUCUGUAAAGAGAGACAUUAUCAGUUGCCCUAAAGAUACAAAUGAAUCAAAUGUAAGUGAUGAAGAAUCGAAAGCUCUCAAGACUUUGUUGAACGAUAACAAUAUUGUUAUUCGCCCAGCAGACAAAGGUACGGCCAUUUCUACAUCAUUCUGCGGGAUUUCAUUAUUGAGAGGCAAGGCGGAGAGCCAGCGUGGGAGAAAAUUGUGCAAAGAACAAGCCAAUUGUGAGUCGGAGUUCGAUAAUACCUUUGUCUACAAUGAAGAACUCACCGACACGAUUAUCUCUCUUGCUAUCGAUGUUCUUGAAUUCCUUCAAAAUAUGGAUUCCCUGCACGCGCUCCAAAAGAGAGAUUUCCCUGAUGUUGUUGCGCCAUCUUUCCGGUGUGAUGAAGAUUCUUCGACCGACAGAAUGAUCCUGCAUUAUUACUCAAAGCGUUCGGGUCUGCAUUCUGUGGUGAAAGGCAUGGUAGUUGAAGCGGCAAAAAAGUUCUACACGAUGCAGCUGCAGAUGGACCUUGUCUCCAUGGAGACCAUCGAGGUCGCCGAGGAAAACGGCACACGUGAGCACGUGACAUUCUGCAUCAUCGCUAAGCAGAUUAAGGAUCCUAUGACGAUAGAAGGGCCGCCGACAUUUAUUGCACAGACGAAGAAGCACAGCGAGCGGCAGAUUCUAAAGGAGGAUGUCGAAGCUGUCAAAGCUAAACUGGAACAAAUCCGCACGAAACUCGGAGAAGGAGCGCUUCCACUUAUGAGAAAGAAGUCUGUCAUAUCGAGAUGGCGCAUGGCGGCCAAAAUAACCUUAUUACACCGCGGAUUUGUGCCGAAUUACCCAGAAACCCUUGCGAUAAAUCCCCGGAUGUUCAUCGAGAUCUUCCCGUACCACUUGAUUGUUGACAAGGAUUUGAAAAUAGAGCAAUCGGGAAUCAAGAUUCAAACGCUGAUGCCGAGUAUUCGCAGUCGACAGGCUUUGCUGACGGACUACUUUUUGAUCCGUUAUCCCAACUGCGUUGACCUUACCUACACCAAUAUUGAGCGUUUCAUCUGCUGUCCAUUUGUGCUGGAGUUUAGAAAGGAAAAUAUGAAGCGAGAAUGGGUUGACCGACCUUCAUUGCAAUUAAAAGGCCAGAUGUUCCUGCUCAGAGACAGUGGGUUUUUCGUCUACAUCGCGUCUCCUAUCGCACACUGCUGGAGCGACUUAGAGCACCGGAAGUUGAAACUCUCGGACAUUCCCGUCUGGGAUGUCACACGAGACUUCCUCGUGGCCGAUCUCGAGUACAGGAAGUACAUCGAGAACAACGUGCGCGCCAGUCUGACCGGCUCGGAAAUUCCCACCCGCCGUGCGUCCGCUUGGUCGCGGCGCGGGAGUCUAGGGGAGGAUUCGGCGCUCCGGGACCGGAUAUUUCGGUUGCAGCGGGAGCUUGACAAUGAGCGUCGGCGUAGCGACGCCCUCUAUCGGGCCUUCCUCCCCAAAGACGCCAUCGAUCUGGUGUAUCGAGACAUGGUGUCGAAUGGAGAAUUCUACCAGCAGGCGACAGCGCUGUUCUGCGACGUCGUUCAAUUCCUGCCCAUGGUGGCCAGGUGCGCUCCCAGUGACGUCAUCAGUCUCCUGAACACGCUGCAGACGACAUUUGACAAUAUCACUAAGAUUCACAAUUUAAUAAAGGUCGAGUCUGUCGGGGACGCCUAUCUGGCGGUUGCCGGCGUCGGCGUCAGUGAGAAGAGGGAGCAGCACGCGGAGAGGGUCGCCAACACAGCACUGGGCAUGCGCAUAACCGCUCGGGACCUGACCUCGCCCCUAGAUGGCGAAUCUAUCCAGCUCCGUUUUGGUAUCCACACUGGUUCUUUGGUUACCGGUGUGCUUGGUCAGAAAGUCCCGCGUUUUGUCGCCAUGGGCGAGACGUGUGUUCUCGCCUCCAAACUGGAAAGUCACGGAGAACCAGGGAAAAUUCACAUCAGCCCCACGACAUAUCAGAUUCUUGUGAAUAAAGGAUUCUCAUUCGAAAAGCGGGGUAAAAUUGAGUUGAGAGGCUAUGGAAUGUUGGAGACCUAUUUCUUGUUGAAGAACGAUAUUCUGUCGGAGGACGACUUGCUCGGGCGUUCACACAACAAUCCGGAAGUGAUGUAUAUAAACGAAGGGCGGGUGGCGGGGCUGGCAUACGCCCGCAACAACCGAGUGUAUCCGAUCGCAGAGAGCACUUCCUCAGUCAGUAGCAGACCGUUGUCCGGUGAGAGCGGAUCCGGGUCGCUGCAGACGAAGUAACUUCCGGUCCGAUCGUAAAUGGACAAAGCCGCACGGUCCAAAGGCUUAUAAGUGUGUGUU